GAAGUACACAGUCUCCUGCAUGGUGAUGCAGCGUGGGGAAAGUAAAGCCUAUUUCGGAGGUGGCUACCUGCCUGUCGUCAUUUCGAUGAUUCGUUUAGCUCCUUUUGAUCAAUAAGCAUUGUGAUAGGAGUUGUUUGUUGUAGUGGCAUCGCGUUUUGGGGAAGCGUACUCUGGAGUUCAGUGGUCUGAUGUGAUGCUAAUCUCGAAAUCAUUUAUUCACUUGUGUGAAGCCAUUUGUUAAGUUCAGUAAGAAUGUCGAAGAUUAAUGUCAAGAAAGAUCAAAACAAAAAUCAACAGAAAAACACUGCUACAAAGAAGAAGCGCUGGAAGUUUAAGAAUAAAAAGUCGAAAGUUAAGAAUGCUGUGCCUAACAGUCAGCAGAGUUUACCCCCCAAAGAUGCUAAACAAUUCUCUGUCAACUGGAAAUCCUUACAAGAGGUUUUAAAGGCCAGUCAGCCAAAGACUGUAUCACAAAAAUCCACAAAUGGUACACUUGAGAAAGUAGAGUCUAAGGAAGUUUCUUCAAAGAAAAAGACUGGUUUAGGUCAAACUGACUCUGGACACAAUGGGAAGCAAAAAAACAUUAAGGAUGUUGUUUCUAAGGACCAUAAAAAGAAUCACCCAGCUGGUGUAAAUCUGAAACAGGCCUCUAAUUCGGCAAAGAAAAAGCGCAAGUUAAGUGAAGCUGACAGUGGGCCUGCUGCAAAGAAGAAGGAAGUCGUGAUGAAGGAACCCGCGCCCACAGAAGCAGACCUCUGGUUUGAUGACGUAGAUCCAGAUGACAUUGAGGCAACGCUGGGACCAGAGGCUGCGGAGAUCAUGAGGAAGAAGCAGGGCAUUUCAAAAAACAAGGAGGUGGACAAGCUUGUGAAAGAGAGAGCUUUUGAGGGCAUCACCAGAGCAGUCGCUAUCGAUUGUGAGAUGGUGGGAGUGGGACCAGAGGGGCAGGAGAGCAUCUUGGCCAGAGUCUCUUUGGUCAACCAGUUUGGGAAAUGCCUGUACGACAAAUACGUGAAGCCAACGGAGAAGGUGACGGACUACAGGACGGCUGUGAGCGGCAUCCGACCACAGGACAUCAAGGACGGUGAGGACAUGAAGACUGUGCAGCAGGAGGUGGCUGAGAUCCUGAAAGGCAGAAUAGUAGUGGGACACGCCAUUCACAAUGAUUUAAAGAUUCUACUUCUAGACCAUCCAAAAAAACACAUCCGAGACACGCAGAAGUACAAACCAUUCAGGAAAACUGUAAAGACCAAACGGCCGUCGCUGAAGCUCCUCUGCAAAGAAAUCCUGAAUGUCAAGGUUCAGCAGGGAGAACAUUCUUCUGUCCAGGACGCGCAGGCCACCAUGAGGCUCUACACACUGGUCAAGAAGCAGUGGGAGGCGGACAUCAAAGCUGGCAAAUUCAGCUUGACAGAGAAAAACGCUAGAAAGCCAAAAUCUCCAAAGAACACGAGGAAGAAGUUCACAGGACUGUAACAGGCUAGUAUCAAGACUGUUUUGGAUCCCACAGCAUUUGAGUUUGUUGAACUUGCAGACACAGAAAAGUGACUCAUUUGUCUGGCAUUUUAAGAUUUACUUUAAACGCCUAACUAGACUCAUGGGUGGCUGCUGGUUUGAAUUUUUUUUACAACCUGUCAUGUGUUCUGAACCUGCCAGUCGUUCCUCUUGUCAAUCAAAUAUUACUGUAGAUGUGCCUCCUUUACGUUUGACAUCUAUCAGUUGCCGUUUUGCUCCAUGUAUUCCUGGUUGCCUUCAUGUUUGUACAGUGUUUAAAUAAACCAGAUGGGGAUGAUGUUUUCAGUUAUUGUA